GUAAAUACAAGGCCCUCCUACAUAUUUGACAUUGUGGUGUUUUUUCUGCCUCCAGAGAGCCAGGCCUGGGUGUUUUACCGUGGAGCUGAAUACUUGCUGGCUAACCAGCUUUACAGCUGGCACACAGUGUCUUUGGCUUGUCAGAUGAUGGGAGCCUACCUUCUGUCCAUUCACUCCAGGGAAGAGUCGCAAUUCAUCAAGGAGCGCUUACGACGGUUCUCCCUGGGGCCGAGAAGCUGGUGGAUUGGGCUUUCCUUUGGCCCACCAGGAGAGGAGGUCAGGUGGAGCGACAAAACGGAGAUACAGUUUCAGAACUGGGCAGAGGGGAGUUCAAACGCUGAUCUUAGAAGAAACGGGAUGUGUGUCUCCAUGUCUUCUUCUACAGGGAAGUGGUCAUUAAACAAAUGCAGGGAACUUCAUGGCUUUGUGUGCAAGAGAAGAACAGUGUCUGUGGUGGAGACUCCCCAGGAGCCACACUAUAUUGGAGCAUGCCCAGAGAAGUGGCUCUACUUUGGACACAAGUGCCUCCUGCUUCACCUCCCUGGCAGCCCAAACGAAGGAAAGAGUUGGAAAGACGCCCAGUCCAUCUGCUCUUUGUUUCAAGGCUCCCUGGUUGCCAUAGAGGAUGAGAUUGAACAAGCAUACAUAACCAUGCUGCUCCAGGGCAGCUCUGCAGGUGUGUGGAUUGGUCUGUGGGACGAGGACACAAUGAAAUGGACCAACGGGAAACCAGUCAGCUACACCAACUGGUCUCCAGAGCCAAAUUAUUCUUACUCUAGGGAGGACUGGCUCAGUAGAGAUGUCGAUGAACCGCUCUGCACGGUUUUGUCCAACAACCACAACUUCCACCUCACCGGGAAGUGGUAUGACGAGAAGUGCAGCAAGACCGGAUAUGGCUUUGUUUGUCAAAAACCCCAAGACACAUCCAAACCCCCCACCCACUCCUAUCACCACCCUCUUCCUGACAACAUUGAGUACAGGAGCAGCACCUACAAGGUUGUGUCUGGUAACAUGAGCUGGUACGACGCGAUGCACAUGUGCCUAGAAAAUGAUUCUGAGCUAGUGAGCAUUACAGAUGCCUACCACCAGGCUUUCCUUACUGUCCUUGUCAAUAGAUUGGACGCCCCCCACUGGAUCGGACUGUACAGUCAAGAUAGUGGCAUCAAUUAUAAGUGGUCAGAUGGCAGUGACACAGUAUACACACACUGGGACCCAUCCAAUGAUGAAGAUGAUGACUUUGUUUCUGGAGAGUGUGUGUACAUGGACAUGAACGGGGGCUGGAGGAGAGCAGACUGUGAGAAUCGGUUACCAGGAGCUCUUUGUCGCAUUCCUCUGCCAAGCAGUAAACCAUUUAUUUCUUAUGAGACGUCCUGUCCAUCCACCUGGGUGAAGUUUGGACGAGGUUGCUACAACUUUGAGCCAGUGGUUGAGAAACUCACCUUUGAAGAGUCAAGAAUCCACUGUAAACAGAAAGUCAACACCUCAGAUGUCCUGACCAUUGAAAGUGAGACAGAGAACCGCUUUGUGCUGGAGCAGCUGUGGUCUUCUGGUUUCCUUCACCGCACUAUUUGGUUGGGAAUGUACUUCAACAUUGACACUGAUUCAAUGUCCUGGGUUGAUGGUUCACCAAUGGACUACACCAACUGGGCUAAUAAAGGCCCAGACACAAAACAGCUCACUGCAGAUACCUGUGUUACAACCAGGGUGGUCGAUGGUGUGUGGCAUUUAUCAACAUGUGGGGAGCAGCUGGGUUUCAUCUGCAAAACCUUCUCAGAUGUAACUACUGAGGUGGAAGUGGAACCAUUAAAUGGUUUGCAUCAUGGCGUCAUUUCUGCUGCAGUGCUGGUGGCAGUGUUGAUCUUUGCCCUCCUGGCAGGAACCAUGUGGUUUUUUUACAGGAGGAAUCCAGCAUGCUUUCGUGGUUCGCCCUCGCUAGGUAGCGCUUAUUACAGACAAAUUGACUCUCAAGCAGCAGAAUCAGAUGGAAACGUUCUGAUUACAGACCUGGAUGCCUACUAUGGAGAAUAACACCUAAGGAUUUUGAUAAUUUGAUAGCCUUUGUGUGUGUCUCAGAGUUUCCUUAUCAGGGUGUAAGGGCCAAUAUAGUCAUAAAGCUGUGACACCCAACUUCUCUGCAGACCUGGACAGUGGAUGUUUUUGAAGUGUCCUCAUGGCUCUCUGGUUUGGUUUAUUCCAUUCAACAUUAGCAUCAGCAUUGAACUGAGACUAAAGUAGGACUCAGUCCAGUCUUCCAGUAUGGAGAACCAGUGUUCUAUCUUAUGUUAUACUUGAACUAAGAUCAGUUUAUUUAAAAUAUUGCGUAAAUGAUAGAGAGAGCUGUAAGCUUUGAAUUUUCACACAUUUUUAAUAAAAAAUAAAUGAAAA